CCCUUGUCAACCUAAGCCUGAGCGAUCAUGGCAACGGGCUCGGGCGGGGAGCGCGUGGCAGCGGCGGCAGCGGCGGCAGUUUGGUCGCGGGCCGGGGCGGCGGAGCGGCGGCGGCGGCGGCGGUGGCACUGGCGCUGGCACCGGCCCUGAGCGCCAUGCAGCGGGGCAGCUCCGAGAGGGAGCUGGCGGCCCGGUGGGAGGCGGAGGCGGUGGCCGUGACCAAAGCGCAGGCGGCGGCGAAGCAGGUCCGCGUGGACUCGGGCGCGGCCGGGGAGCCGGAAGGCAAGACGCCAGAGGAGCAGCCCAAGGACCCGGCCCCAGCGCAGCCCCGCGCGGCCGAGGAGGGGGACGCCCGCGUUGUCCCGCGGCCGCCGCCCACGCUGCCCCCGGCCAAGCCGCAGGCGGCGCGGGCGCCGGGCCUCUGCCCGCACGGGAAGCCCCGGAGCAAGGGCCGGGGCGGCCGACGGAGCUCAGGCCGCGCGGCGGACGAGUACCACUCCCAGCGGCCCGUCACUGUGGACAGCUCCAAGGCCAGGACCUCCCUGGACGCCUUGAAGAUCAGCAUCCGCCAGCUCAAGUGGAAGGAGUUCCCAUUUGGCCGACGCUUGCCUUGUGACAUCUACUGGCAUGGAGUUUCAUUUCAUGACAAUGACAUAUUCUCCGGCCAAGUGAACAAGUUUCCAGGCAUGACGGAGAUGGUGCGUAAAAUUACUCUGAGCAGAGCCGUGAGAAUCAUGCAGAAUCUCUUUCCUGAGGAGUACAACUUCUACCCUCGCUCAUGGAUUCUGCCUGACGAGUUCCAGCUCUUUGUGGCUCAGGUUCGAAUGGUGAAAGACGGUGACCCAUCCUGGAAGCCCACUUUUAUUGUGAAACCCGAUGGUGGUUGUCAGGGUGAUGGAAUCUACCUCAUUAAAGACCCCAGUGACAUCCGCCUGGCAGGGACCCUUCAGAGCAGGCCAGCGGUGGUCCAGGAGUACAUCUGCAAACCUCUUCUUAUCGACAAACUCAAGUUUGAUAUUCGUCUGUAUGUCUUACUCAAGUCCUUAGACCCCUUAGAGAUUUAUAUAGCCAAAGACGGACUCUCUAGAUUUUGCACGGAGCCAUAUCAGGAGCCCAACCCCAAAAAUCUGCACCACAUCUUUAUGCACUUAACCAACUACUCGCUGAACAUCCAUAGUGGUAACUUUGUCCAUUCGGACAGUACUAGCACGGGCAGCAAACGGACUUUUUCUAGCAUUCUUUGUAGGUUGUCUUCCAAAGGUGUUGACAUCAAGAAGGUCUGGUCUGAUAUCAUCUCCUUGGUGAUUAAGACUGUCAUUGCCCUGACUCCAGAGCUCAAGGUUUUCUACCAGUCGGACAUCCCUGCAGGGAGGCCGGGGCCCACAUGCUUCCAGAUUCUAGGCUUUGACAUCCUUCUGAUGAAAAAUCUGAAGCCUAUUCUCCUGGAAGUGAAUGCAAAUCCCAGCAUGAGAAUCGAACAUGAGCAAGAACUUUCUCCGGGGGUCUUUGAAAAUGUCCCCAGCCUUGUCGAUGAAGAAGUGAAGGUGGCCGUGAUCAGAGACACACUACGCCUGAUGGACCCACUUAAGAAGAAAAGAGAGAACCACUUUCCAGAUAUCUAUACGGACAGAAAACACAGAUUCCCUCCGGUUUCUGACAGAAUGCCUUCAUCACAGCUUCCCGUAGUCAGGUCUCAGCAGCUUACGAAGCCAUUAGCUGCAAAGGAGGAUCCUUCCGACACUGAGCCGGCCAGUGCCUCCGACGGCAACACGGAUCCCGAAGCCCACCUGCCCUCCAUCUGCCUUAAGCAGGUGUUCCCCAAGUAUGCCAAGCAAUUCAACUACCUGCGCCUGGUGGACAGGAUGGCAAAUUUGUUUAUCCGGUUCCUGGGGAUCAAGGGGACGAUGAAGUUGGGACCAACAGGCUUUCGGACUUUUAUAAGGAACUGCAAACUCAGCAGCAGCAGCUUGUCCAUGGCGGCCGUGGACAUCCUCUACAUUGACAUCACCAGGAGGUGGAACUCUAUGACCCUGGACCAGCGGGACUCAGGAAUGUGCUUGCAGGCCUUCGUGGAGGCUUUCUUCUACCUGGCUCAGAGGAAGUUCAAGACGCUGCCGCUCCACGAGCAGGUGGCCUCGCUGAUCGACCUAUGUGAAUACCACCUGUCCCUGCUGGACGAAAAGCGCCUGGUGUGUGGCCGCAGCGGCCCGGCGGGGGGCCGGCCCCUGGACAGCGGCAGCCCCCCGGACGCCACCCCCUCGGCCCCGCCAGUGGAGGGCCACCCCCCGUCCUGCACAAACAGCGCCCCCAAGGCAGCACAUUCCAGACACGCUCUGUCCUGAUGGCCACUCGAUGCUGCCGAUGAAGGGUAAGCCCUCCGGGGCCGAAGAGGACCCUCUGUGCUCCCCGCCUGUGGACAGAGGGCAGGCUGCGGAGAACCCCGGCGGGACAGCCCCCUGCCUGACAUGCCGUCUCCAUGUUCUGCUGAGCUGUGCUUUGAAACGGGCUGAUGGCACCCGCCCGCCUUCCUCUCGGUGGUCCAACUAUGUGUGAGUCAUCGGUGGACAUAUGACAUCCCAAACGCGACAGAUGGCAUCUUCUAUUCUGGGCUCACAGGAAGCAGCCACCGGGGUAAAACUGUUGCGUUCGGGGCACGGGGCGCCAGCGAUCCUGAGCCCGAGCUGCGGAGAGGAAAGAACUCGAGAGAGCUGAGACUUGGGUCUGCCGGGGCCUCCGAGAGAACACUGGUUAACUCCCGGGGACAUCACGCUGAUUUCCUGCCACCGUGCUGUGAAAACCGAGUGGAGCUAGUGUGUGGGCACGCCCGACUCUCCCAUCCCGAUCGCGUGCUCCCCGGGUGUAGUUAACAGACUGGCCUCAUUUAUUUCAUUAGCUUGCCUGUCACUGUCAUGUUCGGUUUGUUAUUCAUUAAGAACUAACCAAGAAGUAACUAGGUAAAGGCUCCUAGAGUCUCAGGGCUGACAGGAGCCUCAGAGGUCAUUUUGUUUGAUUUUGUUUGACCUUGACCCCAAAGCAGGAGUCCCAGGGUCUUGUGACGGCACCCCCUCACCCCACACGGAUGAGGUGCCAUCACCUGGCCGGCAGGUGCCUGGCAGGCACUUGCCAGAGGGCCCCUGGGUGGGAGGAGGGGCUCCCGAGGGGAGGACAAGAAAAGCCCCUUAAGGGCCGGUGUGAGGGGGAGCAUGGUGUCAGAAGCUCAGGACAAGGGGCGCCCACAUCCCCCCUUCCAGGAGACCCUUUCCUUGUCUCCAUCUGUGUCCCCAGGAGAACCCCUUCUCAGAGGGGAAGGUUCAGAGGCAGCCAAAGGUGGCAUUUUGGAAAACCAAGCCCCGCAGAACUCGCUCCGGGCUGCUUGGUGACAAGAGCCACCUGUGAUGACCUUGUUUCCCAAGCAAAAAAAGCAGGACAGGUGGCCUAAGACGGGAGGGGCGGGAGGAACCUGAUGCGCCCCUGCAUAGGGACAUUCUAGAGCUAUCAGCUCGGGUAGUUUUGUAACGCUGUUCCCAUUUUCAGAGGAGCAAAGGCCGGCCUGGGGGGUCCCGUGGGAGAGUGAGGCUUGGUCCAGUUCUGUUGGUUGACCCCUGAGCCCCAUUUCCUUUAUGUCCCCUGGUGAGCGUGACUCAAGUUCCAAUCGCCUCUGCUCCAGGUCUGCCUGCCCUCCCCACCCCCCACCCCGGGGCCCUGCCCGCUCUCCUGCAGCCCUGUGACAUGGGCCAGGACAAUCAGUGAUUCUAAGUGGUCUGCUGUGAGAAGCAGACUUUGAAGGCCUCGUCCCCGAUCUUCGGUCCCUGUUGUUGCCAGAGCAAAUGGGCCUCGCAGCGAAGGAGUCUCUCACACGUGUUAGCAGCUGGGAGCAGCAAAGAGUCUUUUCAACACAACUCUUCUUUUUUUUUUUUCCAGAAAGCAUUCACUUGCCAAAAUGGAGUGCAGUUUUCAGUUCCAAAAUCAACCAAACACAUUGGAUUGGGGGGGGUGGGGGGGGGGGUGGGAAACCGACCCACAUUGGGAUGAUUUGAGCAUGUCAGUUCUCACAGUGAGGAAUGUCCUGUCCCCACCCUUGCAGGUCACAUGCAGGCAGGUGGCUCUGCUCAACCCUUCACUGUCUGGAAGGAGCCCCUCCUCUGCAGGCAGGGCCUGAGACCUGCACCCCACGGGGUGAAUGUCGGGAAAACCAGGCCGCCAUUUUACAAGAGGCCAGUAAGGGACAGACUGGGCCCUUUCUGCUCAAUGCUGUUCAACAGGAAGAAUUCGAUGCUGCUCCCUUACCAGAGUGAGCGACAGGAGAUGUCCCCCGCCUCCUUGGUGCCUAUGGGAAGCCCCACUUACUCACCCCCUUUGUUUCCCACACCCCUCACGUUUCAGGGUGCAGCUGAAGUGAUAUAGCAAAGACACACACGUCCUUUCUCCUGGAAGAGGGGAACCGGAGACAGGGAUCCGGGGCCCAGAGACGCCCCAUGAGGAGCAGAGUGCCCCGUGUUCUACCUGUGUUAUUUCUGGGGUAGGGCCCUCAGGAUCCAUCCGGGCCUCUUCUCCCCUAGUCCCCCUUCCUCCCCCUCCCCCAGAUUCACACACACGCACACACACGUAUGCACACACGUGCACGCACUCCAGCCACAUCAGCCCUUACUGUUCCUCUGGCUGAGGUCCCCGAAGGGCCAGCUUUCUGGAGCAGGUCCAAUGAAUGGAGAUCAGGCUCAGCCUGUCUCAGCUCAGGGUACAUCACUGGGUCUGGCCCCCACCCCAGCCUUUCCUGCCACACCUGUCACUUCCGGUGCACCGGUCGUCUCCCUUUCUCUUCCACACUGGUCAUCCUGCUGCCCUCCUUCCAGCCUCCUAGGAAAUGUGCUUGGCUUCUCUGCUGUCACAGCCGGGAGCUGUGUCCCCACAGCCUGGCCAGAGGGGAGCCUGCCGUAGGUGCAUCCGAUUCAGUGCAGUUGUUAGCAAGUGCGUGGAGGCAGGGCCUCCGCCCCCAAACAGGCGCCCUCUUGGUUCUCCUGAGGGUCCCCGUCCACUCUCCCUGGCUCAGACUUCACCACCUCCUGCCUCUCAUCCCCCUCAACUCGUCCUCCGUCCUCCAACCCUCGUGGCCCCGAAGGAAUUCGGAGAACCACAGAACCGAUCACACGGUCCCCUAAUUCAGCCGCCAUCUCUGCCCAGAUAAAGCCCGUGCUCCUUAACCCAACGUUCAAGCUGCUCAUAAUCCAGCCCCGACCUUCCUCUUCAUCCUAAAGCCGUGCCUGGUCCACGCUUUUCCGGGGAAGGCCUCUGCCCCCACCCGUCACCAUGCUCCCAGGGCACUCUCUGUGUGUUGUUGCCCCUGGGGAAGAGAAUGUGCUGGUUCCUGCCCCAGGGCCAGGACCUGCUCCUGGCUCUCCCGCCCUUGUGCUGGACGGCCUCCCUCCGUCCAGUGGACACUUACUUACCUUCAACGUCCAGCUCAAACGCCCCACUGCAAUCUCCCACACCGAGUGAACUGUUCCCUCCGUCUAUUUGUGAGAAUCUGGAAAGUUCUGUUAUUACCAUGCUUGCCCCGUGGCAUCACAGGGCUCUCGCCCUUACCAAGCUGGGAGUUCUUCCGGGUCAGGCAGGUGCUAGAUUCACUCAGGCCUCCGAGCAUGGGGUGGGGGUCUAGCAGGUGCUGGCUGAAACAAUACAAAUAUCCAGCAAGUCCCAGGGGAUGAGUGGGGUCAUGGCGCUCCUCCUCCCCGAGCCUGUGAACACCCUUAACAAUCAUGGCAUUUUAAACCUUGCCAGGGCCAUUCACUCAAUACCUCCGUGUCCCCAGCAUGGUGGCUGCCCCAUGACCCUGAGCGGACAAUGGCCCUUCUCACCCCGGGUAGUGUUUCCGUCGUCCUUUGUAUCUUUGUCCUGGGCUCAGGUGUGGGCAGUGCCCCCCGGUGGGCACCCCCUCUUCUUCAGCCUUAGAAAGGCCCGCCAGGCUGGGGCAAGCGCACAGGGGUCCUGUGUCAGGUGUCCCGCCUUCUCUUCAGCUCUGCAGGACCCUGCGUCUGUGUGGGGUUGGAGAGCUGAGUAGAUAAUCCCCAUGUGAAUGUGAAUGUCGAUGGUUGGGGGGGUGGUAGGACCGGUCUGCGGAGGAGCCCAGACAUUCGGAAUGGCGUUUCUGCCUUUCUAGAACCAACUCGUUUUCCCACGUGAAUUGAACCACAUCUGUUCAGUGCUUCACAGUUUACAAAGUGCCGGCACGUCCAUCCUGUCCUCUGACCCUCCAACAACCCGGCGAGGGAUGGGGGUUCUCAUCACCCUCUUCACAGACAGGGCACCGAUGCCCAAGCUCGCGGCUGGAGAAAAGGCAGAGCGGGGACCCACCGUGAGGCCCCCUGCUCCCUCCUUGGCGUCGUGCCCGCUCUGCACAGAGACUCGGCGCUCUCAAAACCCAGAGGGCAGAGGCUUUGGGACCCAUUUCAGAGACGUGUGAGGCUGAGGGCUUGUUCAGCUCACACCCAGGCUUCUGGGGCCUCAACGUGGGCCUGCCGACCUCCUCUUCCCAUGUCGAGCCCCCCAGGAGGGCUCUGGGAGCCACCACACUCCCGGGCUCCAGGUCCCUCGGCCACACGAGGGGGUGACAGGCACUCCCUCGCUUGGUCCCUGGGAACUAAGACGAGACACAGCCAACACAAACAUACACGAAAGUGUUUUGCAAACCAGCGGGCUGCUCAAAUGCCAUGCUCUCUUCGGCCCGCCCCGGCUUCCUACGAAGUGUGAAGGGACGAAGGAAAAACUUUCCUUCUUGAAUGUUGUCAUCCGUCAAGACAAAUGAAGCCAAAACAGCUCCUCGCCCCCCGCCCCCCGCCACCUGCCCUUCAUCCUUACGCUUAAGAUAGUCUGCAGGCUGAAAAAUGGCCUGUGCUGUGCCUCCGACACCUAGAAUCUGCCUUGUGAUCGGCAGAGUGUUACGCCAAAAAAGCUUCCUUCUUUUUUUCACUUCUCGAUUAAUGUCCUAAACUCCUUGGCCCGAUAAUUGAAAAUUGGGGCUUGAGAGGGCCGGCGUUUGAGCACCUUCCCUCGAAGCUCAGAAAUGAUGAACUCUCUCAUCGGGGAGCUGGUGUUCCUGGUGGCCGAGGGGGCCGUCCUCCUCUCCCCCCUCCGCUGAGGUCAAUUAACCUAAAAUCCACCUCGCCUCAGUUGAUAACUUUUGCCAGCCUCCUAUUUGCUUUGACGAAUGUGAGAAGGAUUUUCCCACAUGGCAUGUGAGUUUCUCCCUCGUGAAAUAAAUCCACAGGUUUUUUUUUUUUUUUUCUGUUCCCGGGCACAAAGGAGCUCUGCAGAACCCUUAGCCUACCCCGUUACCUCCGUCUCUAGUAACCAGAAGUCUUGGUGUUUAUUUAACUAGGAAAACCAUGCAGCACAACGCUUACAGGUACGCACACGCGCGCGCACGCGCACACACACACACACACACACACACAGCACCAUGGAGCUUCUGUAUAAAAUGGCAAAAUUACUGACGAUUUUCUCAUUUCUGGCAAUUUCCUUCUAAGUCUUAUUUAGCGAGCAGAGGGAAAAGGGCUGUGUGCAGGCCCUGGGGUAACAUAAUGCACUCACUAAGGGACUCCUGGGAAACAUUUCCUCCAAUGUGAAGGUACUUGCUAGGAUUCUGACCAGGACCGCGGUCCCGGGCCACGGGGACGCUGCCUGCGCCUGACUGUGGCUCCCCUGGGGCCUUCCCAGGCUGCGGGCGCAAGGCCAGGGCUGCUGAUGCAGGAAGUCAGGAGGGAUAUUUUCCCUGCAGAACCACCUGCCUCACAACAGGGACACGAGGGCCUGCUUUUGCUGGACCUGCUGCUCUCUCGCUGUGUGACCGUGCACCUGCGGCUUCGCCCCUCUGCCCUCUUUCUGGCCCCCACGGUGGCAACUGUGUCGUAAUGAAUGUAAGAAACCCGUCUUGGGCUUGGCGCCUGGGAACUACCUUAAUAAGUGUCUAGAACAAGACGGAUGCCAGGGAACCUGGGCCCACCUGGAUGUCCCCAACAGAGAGUCCCUUCGAGGCCCGACGAGCGGCCCCGCGCUGGAGCCCUCCUCCCUCUGAGCAGGGCUCUGUUGCGAGGCUGAAACUCCUGCCUCUUAAAAGCCUUUAAACAUUCUUUAUUAAAUUUUCAUGGCACAUAAAGUCAAGGUUCUGUGACUUGGCCUCAGUCGUCUUGGUAACUUCGUAAAAUGCAAUAAUAAAACAAAGCUGAGUGUUGCUAAACACAGGCUCAUUGUAAAAA